UCGCUCUCUCUGCCGCUUCUCCCUCUCUAUGCUACUUCAGUCGCCGCCAACAUGAUGCCCGUAUUCAAAAGCAGCCGGAGAGACUUCACUUUCGGGCCGUGGAAGCUGACGGCCGCUCGGACCCACAUCAUCAAGUCGUCGGAGGCCGAGAGAUUAGCUGAAGAACUACACAUGCCUUGUGUUCCAGAAAUGAUGUUUGGAGACAAUGUCUUAAGAAUUCAACAUGAAUCUCUCUUUGGAAUAGAGUUCAAUGCAACUGAUGCCUUAAGAUGUGUAAAUAACACUCAAGGCAUGGUUAAAGUUGCCUGUGCAGAGGAGUGGCAAGAAAGCAGGUCUGAGCCUGAGCACACAAAGGAAGUUGUUAAACCAUAUGACUGGACCUAUACAACAGAUUACAAAGGAACUCUUCUAGGUGAUACAUUAAAGUUAAAGGUUUCUCCCACAACAGAACAUAUAGAUACAGAGAAACUAAAAGCCAGGGAACAGAUUAUGUUCUUUGAGGAAAUACUUCUGUUUGAAGAUGAACUUCACGAUCAUGGAGUUUCAAGCCUGAGUGUAAAAAUAAGGGUAAUGCCUUCAAGCUUCUUUGUGCUCUUGAGGUUUUUCCUGCGAGUUGAUGGUGUGCUUAUCAGAAUGAAUGAUACAAGGAUUUAUCAUGAAGCUGAUAAACACUACAUGUUACGGGAAUACACCUCUAGGGAAAGCAAAAUAUCAAGCUUAAAGCAUGUUCCUCCACCCCUUUUCACGGAACCUAAUGAGGUUGCUCAGUAUUUACCUGUCAAGGAGAACAUAUGUGAGAAGUUGGAGUUUCCCGAGAAUUUGCAUCCUGAAUCUGAAGCAGCGCCAGAAGGCACUUAAGUGGGAUCUCCGUAAUUUUGUGGACUUGAAACAGACCUUGUUCUGGAGACCAUGUAAUGCCUCGGUCGUUGUCACUGAAGAUUUAUCUACUUGCUAGAUACAGAUCUAUUUGGAUGUCUGACUAAAAUUUCUGUAGCUGUGGAUGGGCAGGAGCAGGGAGCUAAUUUCAAACUUUUGCUAAUGUUUUCGUUGUGUCUAUUUCAAAUGUGCCCUGAAACUGGUUCUGGACUGUAGUUACCUGACAUUGGAGAAUAAGCCCACAAAUCACCAGUAA